GGAAACAGUAGCAGGCGGAAGCAGGUCGAAGUGUAUCAACAGAACCACAUUCGCCUGGAUUAUUCCCUUUUAUUAAUUCCUGUUGGAUUCUUGUUUGCGCGAUGAGUUCAGGUGUGGCUAUAAGCUCCACAUGCCCCGGUCUGUACUGCGGUCGGAUCAUGGUGAACGGGACGGUGGAGGGAGAGUGUGGAGUUUGUCCUCGAGGAGAGCGGGCCAACAUUGAGAAGGUCUGCCAGCGCUGCACAGAGUGUCCUGAGCUCUACGACUGGCUCUACCUGGGCUUCAUGGCCAUGCUGCCGCUGGUGUUGCACUGGUUCUUCAUCGAGUGGUAUUCUGGGAAGAAGAGCUCCAGCGCUCUGCUGCAGCACGUCACCGCCAUGUUGGAGUGCAGCGUGUCGGCUGUGGUCACUCUGCUGCUCACCGAACCCGUGGGAAAACUCAGUAUCCGGUCCUGCCGAGUCCAGAUGCUGUCCGACUGGUACACUAUGCUGUACAACCCAAGCCCGGACUACGUCAACACGUUACACUGCACACAGGAGGCCGUCUACCCACUCUACACCAUAGUGCUAAUCUACUACGCCUUCUGCCUGGUCAUGAUGAUGCUGCUGCGCCCCCUGCUGGUGAAGAAGAUCGCGUGUGGCCUUGGGAAGACGGACCGCUUCCGGAGCAUCUACGCCGCUCUCUACUUCUUCCCCAUCGUCACGGUGCUGCAGGCGGUCGGCGGCGGUCUGCUGUAUUAUGCCUUUCCCUACAUCAUACUGGUCCUGUCUCUGGUCACACUGGCUGUGUACAUGUCUGCUUCUGAGAUUCAGUCCCUCCAGUCUCUUAUCUCCAAGAAGAAGCGCCUGGUGGUUCUGUUCAGCCACUGGCUGCUCCACGGUUACGGGAUCAUCUCCAUCUGCCUCCUGGAUAAGCUGGAGCUGUCGCUGCCGCUGCUCGCUCUGGUUCCAGGACCCACGUUGUUCUACAUCGCUACGGCCAAGUUCACAGAGCCCACCCGCAUCCUCUCUGAGGGCGGCAGCAGGCACUGAGCGCCACCUUCAGGACUGAUCUCCAUCCUCGCUGCUCAUUUAAUGUUUAAACUCUGUCUUAGUGUAAAUGCUGCUCACGUGAAUCUGUAAAUAUUGACUUCUUAUUCUUGUUGGGAUUAAAUGUUCACAAGUUUCA